AUGGGUGAAGAAGUGCAUUACCGUGGGACAUUAGAUGGACAUAGCGAUUGGGUUACACAGAUUGCAACGAAUGCUCAGCAUCCAGAACUUCUCCUUUCAUCGUCCCGAGAUAAAACCCUUAUAAUAUGGGAGCUCCAGAGCCAGCAGGGUAAAUUUGGUGUCGCUAAGCAUGCUCUUCGCGGUCACAACCACUUUGUUAGCGAUGUUGUCAUGUCCUCUGAUGGACAAUUCGCCAUAUCUGGCUCUUGGGACAAGACCCUUCGCUUGUGGAAUUUAACCACUGGUCAGACGGCUACCCGUUUCACCGGACAUAGUGGAGAUGUUCUCAGCGUUGCUUUCAGUGCUGAUAAUCGUCAAAUCGUAUCGGGUUCUCGCGACCGGACUGCUAAGCUCUGGAACACCCUUGGCCUCUGCAAAUACACUUUUGACAACGAGGGUCAUAGUGAUUGGGUUUCUUGUGUCCGCUUCUCCCCCAAUAUGGAAACGCCGCUGAUUGUUAGCUGUGGCUGGGAUAAGGUUGUUAAGGUAUGGAAUCAGCGUAACUGUAAGCUGAGGACUGACCAUUUUGGACAUACUGGUUACCUUAACAAUGUCACAAUUUCUCCUGAUGGUACUCUCUGUGCUAGCGGUGGGAAGGAUGAACAGGCGAUGCUCUGGGAUUUAGCUGCUUGCAAAUAUCUGUAUACUCUCCCCAGCGGUGCCGAGAUUAACUCCCUUUGCUUCUCUCCCACUCGCUACUGGCUCUGCGCUGCUGCGGGCCCUUCGAUCAAGAUCUGGAAUCUGGAAGACAAGGUAUUGGUAGAGGACCUCCGCGUUGAACCCGCCGUCAACACGGAGUCAAAGAAGAAACCUAAAUUGCCUGUCUGCACUUGUCUUGCGUGGUCUGCAGACGGAUCUACCCUCUUUGCUGGUUACACUGAUAAUCGCAUUCACGUUUGGCAAUUCAUGCACACUGCUGAGUAA